AUGAGUAAUAAUAAUAAUAACAAUGAAAUAGAGACAAAUACUCAAUCAUCUAAUGAAUCUACAAAUGAAGAUUCUUAUGAAGAUAUUUCAACUGUAAUGAGAAAUCCAUGGGAUCCAUUACAUUCGUCUGAUUGGGAUAGACAACUACCAAAUGCAACUUGUUUAGCAAGAAUUAAACGUGAUAUUACUGGCGUAUUUAAAGAUCCGCCACCAGGAGUAUUUAUUGCUCCUGAUCCUGAUAAUAUUACGAAAAUUCAUGCUCUUGUUGUUGGUCCAUUUGACACACCAUAUGAAGGUGGAUUUUUUUAUUUCAUAAUACGUUGUCCGCCUGACUAUCCAAUCCGAGCUCCUCGAUGUCGCUUAAUGACAACUGGAAAUGGUACAGUUCGUUUUAAUCCAAAUCUUUAUCGAAAUGGUAAAGUUUGUUUAUCGAUUCUUGGUACAUGGAGUGGACCAUCAUGGUCUCCAGCUCAAUGUAUAUCAUCUCUGAUAAUUUCAAUUCAAUCCUUAAUGUCAGAAAAUCCUUAUCAUAAUGAACCUGGUUAUGAACAAGAACGAAUAUCAGGUGAUUCAAAAAAUUAUAAUGAAAUAAUAAAACAUGAAACAUUACGUGUUGCGGUAUGUGAAAUGCUUGAAAAUCCAAAUUCAUGUCCACAACAAUUACGUGAAAUAAUAAUAAAACAAUUUUUUGAUUUUUUUGAUUAUUAUGUUGAUGUAUGUAAAGAAAAUCUUGCUAAAGAUGGUCAAUUAAUGGCGGAUCCAUUUGGUGAACAUCGUGGAACAUUUCAAUAUUCAUCAAUAUUAACACGUUUAAAUAAAUUAAAAGUUAAAUUAGAAAAUCAGAGUUCAUCAAAUCAACAAACAAAAAUCGAUUCACAUACUCAAAAAAUAAUCAAUUCUACUAAUACAUUUGAUUCAAAUUUAUUAUCAAAUUGUGAAAUGAAUUUAGAUGAUAUAUUUGAUAAUGAUGAUGAUGAUGAUGAUGAUGAUCAAGAGGAAGAAGAAGAUGAUGAUCAUGAUCAAAACGAGGAAGAUACUGAUCAUGUUGAACAAUCAAAAGAAUGUCCAACAAUUCGGUUAUAA